AUGCUAGAGAACUCGGCGUCUUCCAUAGCGCUCGGCUGCACCGUGGCGGUGGGCUCAUCGGCUAUCCAGUCGUUGGGCAUAACCCUCCAGAGGAAGUCUCACUUACUCAUAAACCCCCACACCAGCAACUACCAUCACCACCAGAGGCAUAAAAGAAACAUGUGGCUCUUCGGGUUUUUCCUCUUCAUUGUAGCCAACAUCUUUGGCUCGUUGAUCCAGAUUACAACGCUUCCGUUGAUAAUCUUGUCACCAUUGCAGAGCAUUGGUCUUAUAUUCAAUUCAAUUCUAAGCUGUAUGAUGCUACCCGGUGAAACGUUCACGAGAAAAUUGGGGUGGGGUACGGUGAUAAUAUCUAUUGGAGCAUUUAUCAUAGCAUACCAGGGGACGACGACAUCGCCUGCUGGAGACGGGGACGGGAACAGCGGUGGCGGCGGCGGUGCCGACUUCGACCAUGUAUUGAGGUUGUUGUUGAAGAAAUCCUUCUUAACAUGGUUCAUUUGCACCUUUGUUGGGAUCAUUAUCUUCCUCAUUGCAAACUACUUCAUCUCAAAGAGGAGAAAGACCUUGAAAGAGAUCCAGACCUAUGAAACAACAUCUCUAAGAUCUUCGAUCAAAAUCCAACGUGCCCUCAAUAGAUACCAGUUCAUCAAGGGAGUAAACUACGGGAUCGUGUCGGGGACUCUAACUGCACAUACAUUCUUGUUUGCUAAGUCCCUCAUCGAUGUCAUCAUCCAGGCGAUCUUAGAGAAGGGGCUCUCCAACUUGUUCUCCGUGAAAGACUUUACUCCGUACCUUCUAUUGAUCAUCAUGUUGUGCAUCAUUGGCUGCCAGUUGACCGCGUUCAACUUGGGGUUGUCUCAAAUUCUGACGGCCAUCUUGUAUCCGUUGUGCUUCUUGGUGUAUAAUUUGAUGAAUUUAAUCAAUGACUUGACGUUCAAUUCGUUAAUUACGGACAACAAGAUGACCUAUGGGCAGUUGGCUUGGAUAUUAUUCGGCUUGGGUGGUGUCUUAUUUGGAGUGGUGUUAAUCAGCUGGGAUGCUGCCUUUGGCGGAAGAGACACCGGAAGUUCCAAGAAACUAAAGAUCUUGGAGGGCACUCCAGAUGAAAUCAUAAUGCAGCUGAAGUUCCCCUACACCUCUAGCAUAUGCGACGAAACAACAGAGUUGUUGUUGGACAAUGGCUCGGGUUCUGGCAGCGUAGAGACAGUAAAGCCAGCAUCAGAAGAAGAAGAAGAAAUAGUGGCAGAUCUAACGGGAGAAUAUGGAGACAGUGAAGCACAUUCUUUGGGCAACUACAAGCCAGUCAGUACACUUCCAAAGAGAGUUCUAUCUUUUGAACAGACACAACUUUUAAACUCGUUAGAUUUUUAA